UCGGGAAGGGCGUACAUGGCGCUCGACCACUAGGCGUGCUCGAGGCGCGCUCGAAACCGAGCGCAGCAUGGGGCCGAAUUCGACGAACGCUGCGCACGUGGUGAGUGCCGUGGGGAUGACUCAUGGAGGCGCGCCCGUGGCUGGAUGCCUUUACAGCCAUCCAGGAGCUCCGCCGCGGCCGCGCCCAGUUCCGCGCCUAUGACUUCAACGCGCUCGCCCUUCCCAGCCGAAGUCCCGGCUGGCGCGAGUCUCUGCAAGUCUUGAAGGUGCUCGAGGGCAUUCAAGUGCACCCUGACAAGGCGACCUUGCACAGCUCCAUCCGGAGCUGCCGCAGCCGCUGGCGCCGGGGCCUGGAGGUCUUCGCCAAGCUGCGAAGGAAGGGCUUGGUGCCAACACUCAUCGGCUGCAACAGCAUGAUCAGUACCUGGGCGCAGGAGCGUUCCUGGCAGCAUGCGCAAGUGGUCCUCACUGAGCACAUGGCUGGGGUCGUCCAAGCUGACGUGAUUUCCUUCAACACGCUGGCUCGCGCCCAGUGGGGCUCGGCCAUUGACACCUUCGGCUCCAUGUUGUGCUCGGGUGUGCGCGCUGAUGUGAUCAGCUACAACUGCCUUCUGAUCUCAGAGGGCUGGGCUGGCGCCGUCCACCGCUUUGGGUCUCUGCAGCGGUCAUUGGUGCGCCUCAGCGCGGUGUCCUUUGGAAGUGCCAUCAAGUCCCUAGAGGACAACUGGUUCCUUGCGCUGGAUGUGAUGAGAGCCAUGAGAAGUGAAGCAGUGGACAGCAACGUCAUCGUCUACGGCUCGGCGAUUGCCUCCUGCGAGACCCGAGCCAUUUGGCGCCCAGCGCUGCAGUUGCUUCAAGGCCAUGCGCCCUCUGCCAUCAGCUUCAACAGCGGCGCCGCGGCCGCGAGGGCCGCCUGGCGCCUCAGCCUCUCGCUGCUUGCUGCGCUGGGCCUCGCCGGGCUGCGCCGCAGCGAGCAGACGAGCGGCACGCAGCUGGCGGCGCUGGGGGAGGCCGCUCUGUGGCGAAGGGCCGUCCAGCAGGGCGGUUCUGGAGUGGUUUGCUCCAGCAGCGUCAUCAGUGCCUGCGAGAACUCCUCCCAGUGGCUGCGCGCCUGUGCCCAGCUGGCUGUCAUGUCCACCCAGCAGGUGUCCCCCAACGUUCUCAGCUUCAGCAGCGCGCUCAGCGCGUGCCACUGGCGCCGGGCGCUGGAGUUCUUAGGCGCCAUGGAGCUGCGACGGGUGGCGCCCAACAAGGUGAGCUUCACUGGAGCUGUGGGGGCUUGCGAGAAAGCGGUGCGCUGAUUUUCGAAUCCAUCGGAAGAUUGUGGACCUGACGAUCCAGCGGAGGGUAGCUGCAGGAUGGGCCGACGGAUCACCUGGCGUGCACGAUGCGACUCGCGAGGAGCUCAACACGCGACACCGAGCCCGCGAGGUGAGUUGAGC